AAGAGACAAGUCUCAAGGAAUAUAAAAUAUAUAAAGACAAGUAUAUUGAUUUAUGGCAAAAAUAUCAUGCGGCAUCUACGACGCACACUAAUAGCAUUUAAUCCAUGCGAGACCUUGAUGCAGACGCAAUGUGGCAGGCUAUUAAGUCGACAGCUUCUGAGCGAGAAGGUCAGAAACGCUGCUCCGCAAUGGAAUCGGCUUCAGCCCAAUGUGCCGAGCACUCAGCUCCAGGAUUGCCACACAUUUCGCGACUGGUGGCAGUUCUAUGCCAAGGGACAGAAGCCCGCUGCCUUCACUGAGCUGCAGCGUCGCCUCAUUGCAAGUCGGGAAUUUAUUGAUCAGAUUAAGAACCAGAAGGCGGCCAGAUUCCUACAGAUAUACACCAAUAACGAGGAAAACCACGAAGCGUAUGACAAAAUGUAUGGGGAGUUUGUAAACUGCUUUGCCUGUCCACAUCCCAGUCCCUGUCCACCAAAGAGACUUCAUCGCGGUUCCACACGUACAAAUGUGCGUCCCAAAGCAAUCGAAAGAGGGGCAAGUGUAGGACAGGCAAAUACUAAAAAUAUUAUCUUUGAUAUUCAAAAGGAUUUCUAUCCCCAGCAGUGCAUAGAGCAUGAGGCAACUGCGGAGAGAGAUGGCCUUAAAGCAGUUUAUCCACGUGAUCCGCAGAAGAAGUCUGUAACUUCAUACACAAAUAAGGGAUCCUCGAAGAAACUGUACAUAAAUCCAAAUACGGAUCUAAAUCAGAAACUGACUAAAGAAAUAAAUGAAAAACCAUAUCACAAACAAGAUGAAAAUAACUAUUGGAAACAACAAUUAUUGAAUCGAAAUGAGCGAAUUAAUUUAGAAACUAAAGAGAAACAGCAUUUAUUCAAGGAUCAGGAUGUGAAACAAGCGGACAAAUGGAGCGAGAGACUGCGGAGCAGGCUGAGAGAGACGCAGGAGAAUAGGCCAAGUCAGAAAAAGGAGCACAAGCUGAGCGAGAAAUGGGAGAAAAGGCUAAGACUUAAACUGGAGAAUAGUUUGAGUAAGAAACAGCAAAUCGAACUGAGUGAGAAACGGGUGGAGAAACUGAGUGAGAAGCGGGGGAACAAACUGGGUAAGAAACAGAAGAACAGGCUAAGUCCAAAACAGAAGAAUAGAGUGAAAGAGAAGGAACAGGAACAGGAGAAGAAACUGAGUGAGAAACACGAACACAAACUGAGUGAGAAAGAGGAGAAGAUAAGUGAGAAACUGGAGAGCAUAGUGAGGCAUAAACAGGAGAACACACUGAGUGAGGAGAACAGAUUGAGUGACAAACAGGAGAACAGACUGAGAGAGAAACAGCAGAAGAUAAGCGAGAAAUUGGAGAACAAUCUGAGUGAGAAACUUGAGAAGAUAAGCGAGAAACAGAAUAAUAUACCAAGUAAAGACAACAGAUCGAGUAACGAACAGGAGAACAAACUGAGCGAGAAACAGGAGAAGAUAAGUGAGAAGCAGAAGAAGAUAAGUGAGAAACAGGAGAAUAUACUGAGUGAGGAGAGCAGGUUGAGUGACAAACAGGAGAACAUACUGAGUGAGGAGAACAGAUUGAGUGACAAACAGGAGAAGAAACUGAGCGAGAAACAGGAGAACAAAAUGGAUAAGAAACCCGAAGGCAAACUAAAUACGGAACAGGAGGAGGAACAAACAAUGUCUGAUAUUGAAAAACCACCGGAUGACAUACCAUACAAUUUGAAUCGCGAUUUCCAAUUUGAAGUACUGAAACAACGCUUGGAAAAGUUGAGAAUGCAUAUAGGCAGUAGUAGGUCGAGCAAGACUACUAUUGGUAGUUACCAUUUGAGACAGUUAAAGAAACUGCAAUCGCAGGCUCGUAAUAGCGUUCCAAAAUUCAAAUGGAGAAGACGAAUAAUUAAACAUAGAAAUGCUAGUAAGAACCACUCACAACUCACCGCUCAAAGUUUAAAAAGAGGUUCUGAGAUCUCAUAUGGAAAGAAAACCACAAUCUCAUAUACAAAUGAGUGGGACGCAGCUGAUGGGCGAUCAAAGGUAGGAACCCCAAUCAAUCGAAGGCAAAGCUCUACAUCGAAUGCGUAUUCAGCGUGUAAUUUGGAUGUUGACAGUAACAAUAAUCCGGAACAUACUGUGCAGGAUUACGUUCUGGCCUUUUUUGCUUCAAACUAUAUUGACUUUGAUAUUCCUCAACGAAUACCCAAAAAUUGGCCACACCAGUUUGAGUCGCUCCUCGUACGAUUGUUGCGAAAAGAGCUACACAAAGACAAAAAGCCUUACAAGAAAUCUAUCAAUGAAUCGAAAAGAGUGCCAAAGGCAUCGAAAACCAAUCCCAAUCUACAUAAAAAAUGUUGCGAUAUCUGUCGAAGACUCAAUCACACCGAACCCCUUCAGCUGUACAUGAUUGAAAUGAAGAAGCGGCAGGCACGAGAAGAGCUCAAGCUGUAUUACAGAUAUAAAUUGGCGACAUCGUUCGGUUUACCAUUGGCGACACAAUCAAGUUCACCAUUGACACAGUCAAGUUCACCAUUGAAACUUUCGACAAGGAAGCCCCGCAGCAAGACUUCUUCGGUUCAGCUCACGUCCAGCAGGCUCGAGACGCAGUCUAUGCGACAACUGCUGGUUGAGUGCUUUGAAAUGCUCUGCGAUUGCCAAAUGAUUUUAGAUAAUAAGAUGAAGCAACAACAAUGCAACGAGCGUUGUCUAUAAGCUUUAAUCUGAGCUGUGAUUGAACUAGUUCGCAUAGACUAUUCGAACCAGUUCGCUUACCGCUCAUUUUAAAGUUUGAGAAACGAAAUACUUUUAUUGUACGAUUUUUAUAUAAACGAAUACACAAAUAACAACAUUUA